ACGAAUCCUUCAAAUUUGUUUGAAAUACAUGCGCAUGCGCAGAAAGAUGCAGGGUGUCUCGACAGUGGCAAUGAGAACGAGUGAGUUUGAUUCUUCAGAUGAAGACGAUUUUGGCGAGGAAGAAACCACACCUCUCCAGAUCUCAUGGUUGUCUCUGUCAAUGGUUGAGUGUUCCCAGUCUCUUGGUAUCUGUUCUUUACCAGGAUGCAGAUAUAAAGACAUCAGAAGAAACUUGCAGAAAGAUGUUGCUGAGAUAUGUAAUCAAGGUGUAGAGGACGUGUUUGUAUUCUGUACCAGAGGAGAGCUGGUGCGAUACAGAGUUCCCUGUCUACUAGAAGCUUAUUCCCAGCGUGGCCUCAGAGUGCACCACCUGCCUUUUCCAGACGGGGGCGCACCAGAGCUUUCUCAAUGCGUCUGCAUACUGGAGGAACUGCAGGACUGCCUGCAGAAUCAACGCAGGACUGUCAUACAUUGUUAUGGAGGCCUGGGACGAUCAGGAUUAAUUGCUGCAUGUUUGCUGCUGCAGCUCUCCGUCUCCAUGACGCCCGGUAAAGCAUUGGACAUCCUGCGGGAACUGAGAGGGGGCGGAGCCAUUCAGACAGUCAAGCAAUACAACUUUCUGCAUGAGUUUCGAGAAAAGCUUGAGGCGUAUCAAGAAGCCAAAGAGCCUCUUUCAGAGAGAUCAUUGUCCAGAUGAUCCAUCCUAUCUCCAGGUGACGGGAAAAACAGAAAACUGAUGGCUUUGCUCUAUGGAUUUUUUUCCACUUUGAUCAUCAUCAUGAAUGCAUUUGUUAAUUUUCUUGUGGCACUUUAAAAAAAUCUGUAUUUUUAUAACGUGAUCUAAUAUUAUUAAGCUUAAUAUAUAGCUUUGCAAAUAAAUGAGACCUGUUCACUUCAAUAUGACCGUGUUUAAAGAAGACGUAUGUGACUCUGCACACUUGGCCUUGAAAGGUACAGAUAAUUCACAUUUUCAGUGACACUUAUUUUGUGCCAUGUUGGCAAAUAUUAAUAAAAUUGAAUUUCUGCAUAUGAAAUAUGUAUUUUAGAGGAGGUAAAGUCAGAACUUAAGUGAUACUAAGAGGGCGGUUUCCCACACAGGGUUUAGAUUAGUCCAGGACUAGGCCUUAGUUAUUUAGGACAUUUAAAUAGUUUUUAUAAACAAACC